CUCACUUUAUAUACCAAAGAUUCUCGCAAAAUUUUCAUCGAACGCCAUCAUUCUUCACCUUCUUUUUAUUUCAGAAAAAUAAUUUCAAAUUUUUUCAAAAAAAGAAUUCGCCAUUUUUAGCAAAUCGAAAUUGAAGAAUCACAGCAAAGCAAAGCAAAUCCGGUAAUUUUCUCAACAGCGAACAUGGAAGGAGACAACCUAGUAAGUAGUGAAAUCCCAGUGACGAAAGCUGUUGAGGACACUGAAAUUGUUGCCGAUGCGGUUAAGGCCUCGAAUGGAGACUUGCCGCUAGUAGAAAAGGAAGAAACCACCCUGGAUGGAGAAUUCAUUAAAGUAGAGAAGGAAGCAGUAGAGAUGAAAGAUGGUUCUAAUCCGGCUAAUCCUGCUUCUAACCAAGACAAUGAAUCGACCAUCGAAAGAAGCUUGAGCAAUCCUGGUAGAGAACUACUUGAAGCUCAAGAAAAGACGAAAGAACUCGAGCUUGAAUUGGAAAGAGUGGUUGGAGCGUUAAAGCUUUCUGAAUCAGAAAACAGCAAAUUGAAGGAUGAAGUUGUGCUUGCUAAGGAGAAGUUGGAUGAAGUGGGGAAAAAGUAUGAAGAACUCGAUCUCGAUCAUAAGAAAUUGCAAGAACAGAUCAUUGAAGCUGAGCAGAGAUACAGUUUACAGUUAAGCAAUUUGCAAGAGGCUUUGCAAGCUCAAGAGACGAAACAGAAGGAACUCACUGAAGUAAAAGUAGCAUUUGAUGGUCUCAAUAUUGAGAUCGAAAACUCGAGAAAGAGGAUGCAAGAGUUGGAGCAAGAUCUGCAGAGUUCCAUUGAAGAGGCUCGGAAGUUUGAAGAACUGCACAAACAAAGUGGUUCACAUGCUGAGUCUGAGACACAGAGGGCUUUGGAGUUUGAGAAAUUGCUUGAAACUGCGAAACUUAGUGCAAAAGAAAUGGAAGAUCAGAUGGCUUCAUUGCGGGAAGAAGUCAAGGGACUCUACGAGAAAGUUGCUGAAAACCAGAAAGUCGAGGCAGCACUUCAAAGCACAACAGCUGAACUUUCUGCUGCUCAAGAGGAGUUGGCGCUUUCGAAAUCACUAGUAUCAGACUUGGAACAAAGACUUAGCUCAAAGGAAGCUCUUAUAAAUGAGCUGACUGAAGAGUUGGAACAGAAAAAAGCUUCAGAAUCCAAGGCAAUGGAAGAUAUCUCAAUUCUUGAAAUUACUUUUGCUGCAACUAAAGAAGAUCUUCAAGCUAAGGUUUCCAAGUUGGAAGAUAUCAAGUUGAAACUGGAAGAGGAAGUUAAAGCAAGGGAAUUGGUUGAAGCCACACUGAAGGAUCAAGAAGUCAGUGUUUCGAUUGCACAAGAAGAAUUAAGUAAAGUUCUAAAUGAAAAAGAAGCUUUGGAAACAGCCAUUGCAGAUCUUAACAGUAAUGCAGCCUUGUCGAAGGAGUUGUGCAACGAACUUGAAGAAAAAUUGAAGCUUUCAGAUGAGAAUUUCAGUAAAACCAAUUCUCUAUUGUCCCAGGCUUUGUCUAAUAAUGAAGAGCUUGAACAGAAACUGAAAUCUCUUGAAGAGCUACAUAAUGAAUCCGGAGCUGCUGCAGCAACUGCUACUCAAAAGAAUCUUGAACUGGAGGAUAUACUUCAGGCUUCAAAUGAAGCUGCAGAAGAUGCAAAAUCGAAACUGAGGGAGCUUGAGGCACGUUUUAUAGCAGCCGAGCAAAGGAAUGUGGAGCUUGAACAACACUUGAAUUUGGUAGAGUUAAAAGGCUUUGAAUCCGAGAAAGAACUGAAGGAAUCUUCAGAGAAAAUAUCUGAACUUACCAACAAGUUGGGGGAGGCCAUCGAAGAAAAGAAUCAGCUGAACAAUCAAAUGCAGGAAUAUCAGGAGAAGAUAAAUCAGCUCGAAUCAGCUCUAAAUCAGUCAACAACACAGAACUUGGAGCUCGCGGAAGAGUUGAAGGUUGCUUUAGAGAGAAGUGCUCACCAUGAGGACAGAGCUAAUAUGAGUCAUCAACGCAGCCUUGAACUAGAGGAUCUGUUCCAGACAUCUCAUUCCAAAUUAGAGGGUGCUGACAAAAAGGUCAACGAGUUGGAGUUGCUACUUGAAGCAGAGAAGUACAGGAUUCAGGAACUCGAGGAACAGUUAAGCAAUUUAGAAAAGAAAUGUGGAGAUGCAGAAGGCGAGUCUGUUAAGUACUCUGAUAAGGUAUCUGAAAUCGCUUCUGAACUUGAGGCAUUCCAAGCUAGAACAUCGAGCCUUGAAAUUGCACUACAAAUGGCCAAUGAGAAGGAAAAGGAAUUGACAGAGUGCUUAAAUUUGGCAACAGAUGAGAAGAAAAAGCUAGAAGAGACAUUGCAAAGCUCCAAUGAAAAGCUUGCUGAAGCCGAAAAUCUGGUGGAAAUCUUGAGAAAUGAUUUAAAUCUGACACAACAGAAACGGGAAAGCAUUGAGAAUGAUCUUACGGCUGUUGGUUUGAGAGAAAGUGAGGUUAUGGAAAAGCUCAAAUCUGCUGAAGAGCAACUAGAGGAACACGUAAGAGUAUUAGAGGAAGCUAAGGCAAGAAACUCGGAGCUUGAGUCAUUGCAUGAAACUUUAACAAGGGAUUCAGAGCUUAAACUGCAAGAAAUAAUGGAAAAUUUCACCAGCAAGGAUUCUGAAACAAAAUCCCUGUUCGAGAAAUUGAAAACAUUUGAAGAUCAGAUAAAGGUGUAUGAAGAACAAGUUGCUCAAGCAGCUGGACAGUCUGCGUCUUUAAAAGAAGAAUUGGAUCAGAGCCUACUGAAGCUGGCUUCUUUAGAAAGCACAAAUGAACAACUCAAGAGCGAGAUAUCGGAGUUCAAAAAUAAAGCUCUUCAGUCUUCCUCAGAGAAUGAACUUUUAGUUCAGACAAACAUUCAGUUGAAGGGCAGAAUUGAUGAGCUUCAAGAAUUGCUUAAUUCAGCUCUUUCUGAGAAGGAAUCAACUGCUCAAGAGAUUGCUUCUCAUAUGAGCACGAUUAAAGAAUUAUCUGACCAGCAUACAAAGGCCUCAGAACUUCGAGCAGAAGCCGAAUCACGAAUUGUGGAAGCAGAAGCUCAAUUACACGAAGCUAUUGAGAAAUACUCGAAGAAAGAAUCAGAAUCCAACGAUCUGAUUGAAAAGUUGAAUGCGCUUGAAGUCCAAAUUAAAACAUACGAAGAACAAGCUCAUGAAGCAUCCACAAUUGCUGUAUCUCGACAAGUAGAGGUUGAAGAGACUCUUUCCAAAUUAAAGCAGCUUGAAAGCUUUGUCGAGGAACUGCAAACCAAGUCGGCACACUUUGAAAAGGAGAGUGGAGGACUUGCUGAGGCAAAUUUUAAGCUUACUCAGGAACUAGCCGAAUACGAGUCAAAACUCGGUGAUUUGGAAGGCAAAUUGACCGCAUCCUUGACCGAGAAGGAUGAAACAGCUGAACAACUUCACAUUUCGAAGAAAGCUAUCGAAGAUUUAACACAGAAGAUUACUUCUGAAGGGCAGAGUUUACAAUCUCAGAUUUCUUCACUAAUGGAGGAGAAUAAUUUGCUCAACGAAACACAUCAGAACACAAAGAAAGAACUUCAAUCUGUAAUAUCACAGCUUGAAGAACAAUUGAAAAACGUAAAAGAAAAUGAAGAAUCUCUAAAAUCAGAGAUUAACAAUCUCAAGGCCAAGAUUACGGAGAGUUCCUUACUGCAAACUCGUAUCAAAGAACUUGAAGAACAGUUGGUGACAGUUGAAGCUCAAUUGAAAGAAGAGGUUGAAAGUGUUAAGACAGCCGCCUCGGUAAGAGAAGCUGAAUUAACUUCAAAAUUAGAGGAUCAUGCACAAAAGAUUAGUGAUAGAGAUGUUAUCAAUGAACAAGUGGUUCAACUUCAACGAGAUUUACAACUUGCUCAAACAAUGAUCGCUCAACAGAAGGAUGCAGAUUCUCAGAAAGAGAUGGAUCGAGAAGCAGCUUUAAAAUAUUCCAUCGAAGAGCUCGAAGCCAAAAACAAAGAAUCAUUACACCUCAAGAAACAAGUCAAAGAGUUGGAAGAUAAAUUGCAAGAAGCUGAAGCUAAAAUGAAGGUUGCGAGCAGUGCAGCUGAAUCGAAGGAUAGUGUAGAGGUGAAUUCCAGAGAUAUUGACGGAUUAACAUUUUCAACACCAACAAAACGAAGGAGUAAGAAAAAGUCGGAAGCCGCUUCCGUACAAGUUGCUUCCUCUUCUUCAUCAGCUACCCAUACUGAGGCUUCUCCUUUGACGAACUUAAAGUUCGUUUUCGGAGUGGCCCUUGUGUCAGCGAUCAUUGGUGUUAUUCUUGGAAAGCGUUAUUAGUUUAGGGUUUUUUCCCCUUCCUUUUUGUGUUUGAUUUUACUACAUUGCUGAUUUUUGUUUUCUUUGCAUUUUCCUUCUUUAAGUUAUGAAGCAGAAUAGAAAAGCUUUAUUGCUCGGGUUUUGAGGUUCGGUUGGGGAACUUGUUUUCAUUCUUUCCCUUGCCCGCUUUGUCAAAAACAGUCAGUUUUAUGCAUAUCGAUAUUUAAGUUUGUAUUCUGUAAAA